AUUGUCUUAGUAGGGGCUUGGCUUGGUAUAGGUAGUGGGAAUGGGAAUCUGUUGAUCGAUUAAACUGGAUUGCAAAAUAUAUAUUUAGUCGCUCACGAAGGUGAUCUUCGAAGCGAUCUUCUAUGCAUAAAUCACGUGCCAGUGCCAGUGCCAGUGCCAGCCGCCGAAAACCGAAAAAUUAGUCGGAGGAACAGAGCAUGGAGAACGGAGAAUGGAGAACGGAGGGAGAAUGUCUAUGACUGGGCCCCGAACGCUGCUCGGACGGCUAGAAAUUUAUGUAAAUGCAUGGAUGGAAAUGGAGAUGGCAAUGGAGACCCUGAACUUGAAACGAGUCGAUGGAGGAGAAUGGCGGACGCAGACCCACCAGAGCAGCUCGCCUGUGCUCAGUCUGUUGUUGAGCCAAACGGAGAGCGGUCGAAGAUCGUGCUGAAAUCGAAAGAUAAUUCAUAGGGAAAACAUGUACAGGUCGUGCUUUUGGUUGCUGCUCGUCUCAAUGCUGGCCGUGGUUGGAGCCGGCACUCAGAGUCGGGAGUAUUUGCCUCGCCGCCAGCCUCAACCGUACUUCUACUCGACGCCAGCGCCAAGCACCAUGGCAGCACUACGGCGGAUUAUCCAAGGCCAUCUGCAACGCUUUCAGCUGGCGGACAGUCCGCAGUUCUCGCGGCGAGCCCUCAAUCAGCAGGCCAAAACGGAAGUGGGCUCCAAGAUGCAGUUGCUGGUCUACGUCCGCAUGCCCGCCGCCUCGGAGCACAUACUGGACUACGCCCUGCCACCGAAUACGCCGACACCAAAGAACUAUGCACAGAAUUUCCUGCCCGACGGCAAGGAUGUGGUACCCGGAAGCUCUUACAUACCGCUGCGAUUACUCUUGAUACGACGCUGAGUUGUUGUCGCGCUGUCGGCGGCGGCACCGUGUGUUGUUCAAACGAGUUCGGCAUCGGUAUCGGCUUCGGCUUCGGCUUCUGGGCUAUGGAAUGCCGUCGCGAAUCGCAGCGGAGGCAACCAGUAGAUGAGGCUAAUUUGUUUUAAUCUUACUGGUUCUUAUAGUAGUAUACAUAUAACUUAACGAUAUUUUAA